AUGAGACGGCCGACAAUUGAUCGAACACCGCUUCUCUGGCGUACUCCUGCAAGAACGCUUUCUCACAGCAGCCUCGAUCCAAAUGAAGAUCCAGCUGCAGGAUUGGAACGAGUUUCUUCAUCAUCUAAUCUAUACGAUCGCCGAAAACGACAAGAACGUCUUAGGGAACAAGAAGGACGCCUUAGAAGGAAUAGACGGCGUUCUGUUAUUGGGCAUGAGCAUACUCUUUCAGAGAAAUAUGAGAGUCUCGAUUAUGAGAUUGUUGAGAAUGAGCUUUAUCGGGCAGCGGAAAUGGAUAAGGAUCAUCAGAAAAAAUUAUUCCGAAGAAGUGUUAAUAGAUGGGUUGUUUGCUUUCUUAUUGGUGUAUUUACUGCUUUGGUUGCGGCAUGUAUUGAUGUGCUUGUUUAUUACAAUUCAAAGCUCAAAUUUCAUAUUGUUAUUAAUGGAUUGGUACAAAUUUGUGAGCAUGGUAGGAUUGGAGAUUCUGGGUGUACUUGGAUAAUUCUUUUUACCUGGGCAUUAUAUAAUUGUGCAUUAGUUUCUAUUGCUGCAUCGUUGGUGCUUUUUGUUUCACCCGUUGCUAUAGGAUCUGGAAUUCCGCAAAUUAAAUGCUUUUUGAAUGGUGUGCAAAUUCCUGGAGUUGUUCGUUUGAAAACACUAAUAGCUAAAGUAAUUGGUGUAUCAUGUUCGGUUGGAGGCGGUUUGGCUGCUGGAAAGGAAGGUCCAAUGAUCCAUUCGGGAGCGGUGGUUGCUGCAGGAAUUUCCCAGGGACGUUGCAUUUCUAUUCCAUUUGAUUCUGGUCUUUUCAAAUAUUUUCGUAACGACCACGAGAAACGUGAUUUUGUUAGUGCUGGUGCUGCUGCCGGCGUUUCGGCAGCAUUUGCUUCGCCAAUAGGUGGUGUUCUUUUCAGUUUGGAAGAGGGUGCUAGUUUUUGGAAUCAGGCGUUGACUUGGCGUAUGGUGUUUACAGCAAUGAUUUCAACCUUUACAUUAAAUUGUUUUAUCAGCUUUUUCUAUGGACAAUUUGGUCAACUCUCAUGGAAUGGGUUGGCAAAUUUUGGCACAUUUGAUCAAAUCCUAUGGAAUUUGGGAAUUACCGCUUUUUGCACUUGUCGGCUUGAUUGUUAUAUUCGAACGAAAAGACAACGUUUUUUGGAAUGCAUGUUGGUUGCGACAGCAUCCGCUUUUAUUGGAUUUAUCACUUUAUUGUUAAUUGAUGAUUGUCAAUCGAUUGGUAUUAAUCCCCAACUGACAGGAGUUAUGAAGUUGUGGUGCCCUAAAGGUAAAUACAGUGCAAUUGCUACUCUUUUCUUUCAAAAUCCCGAAGAGAGCGUCAAAAGUCUUUUUCAUUCUCCUUUAAAUUCAUUUAAGCCGUUAACUUUGUUUGUUUUUGCCUUUGAAUACUACAUUUUAACAAUGUGGACUUAUGGUCUUUCAGUUCCAAGUGGAAUUUUCAUUCCUUCAUUGCUUACUGGCGCUGCUUGGGGAAGGCUAUUUGGUGUUGGCGUGCAAUAUUUUUUUCCUGAGUUGGAAGCAAUUGAUUCUGGAAAGUAUGCGCUGGCUGGAGCUGCAGCACAACUGGGUGGUAUUGUGAGGAUGACAAUCUCUUUAACUGCAAUAAUUGUCGAAGCAACAAAGGAUAUAACUUUUGGCCUUCCAAUUAUGCUUGUACUUAUGAUUGCUAAAUGGGUGGGAGACUUUUUUAAUGAGGGCAUUUAUGACGAGCACAUUGAUUUGGCUGAAGUCCCUAUUCUUGGUUGGGAACCUCCAAAAUUGUCGAGAAAUAUUUUAGUGAAGAAUGUUAUGCGUCGAGAUGUUAUUGCGCUCGAAAGAAUCGAGAGUGUUGGACGAAUUGUGGAAAUUCUUCGUUCUACAAGACAUCAUGGAUUUCCAGUUUUGGAUAGAAUUGACGCAGCACUUGAUGAUUCAAAAUAUCCAAAUUAUGGACGUCUACUUGGGCUUGUUUUGCGAUCACAUCUUAUUGUUCUUCUCAAAAGAAGGCAUUUUACUCAUGAUUAUGAAGGCAGAAAUCCUGUAUCCAAUUCUAAACCAGUCACGCUUUCCGACUUCAGUGAAUUCUAUCCACGGAUAGAGUCAAGGAUCUCAGAGUUGGGACUCACUUCCGCAGAUGAACGUUGUUGGAUUGAUUUAAAAUCGUUUAUGCACCCUUCGCCUCAUCGUGUUCCGCUUUCUGCAUCUUUGGAUUCCAUUCACCAAAUAUUCCGUGGACUUGGCUUGAGAUUCUUGAUUGCAGUUGAUAACGAAAACAGGUUACGAGGCAUUAUCACACGAAAAGAUAUUGCUCGGUUUAAAGAGCGGAGGGUAAAGAAUACAUUUCUUGUGAAUGAACUUUACAUCUCGCCAUACAACAAUUAA